AUGGCUGCUGCAAUUAAGGAGACCGUCUCCAACCUGAUUGGCAAAUUCUCGGGCCCUACCGAGGACGCACCUCGCGAGCCCUCGACUGAAGAAUUCCAGUCUCUCAAGGAGAAGUACACCAACGCUGGGCAAGGACAGGUCUUUGCCUUUGCAGAGGAGCUCCCGACCGUCGAGAAGUCCCAGCUCUUCCACCAGCUAUCCAACUUUGACCCUACCCGCAUUAAUGAGCUGGCCAACGUCUCCCUGAACCCUCCCAAGACCGAGCAGACCACCGCCACGGUCGAGCCCCUCCCCGCCUCCGCCACCGCCUCUAUCAUCGACUCCGACCCCGCUGAUCUGCAAAGAUGGUUUGAUGCAGGUUUGAAGCAGGUUGCCGAGAACAAUGUUGCCGUGGUGCUGAUGGCCGGUGGUCAGGGUACCCGUCUUGGUAGCUCCGCGCCCAAGGGUUGUUUUGAUAUCGGUCUGCUGAGCCAGAAGUCGCUGUUCCAACUGCAGGCAGAGCGUAUCCAGAAGCUUCAAGAGGUGGCACAGGCGAGCCAUGGUGUUCAGUCGGCGAUUAUCCCCUGGUAUGUCAUGACCAGUGGACCAACCCGCAAGCCGACUGAGGAAUUCUUUGAAAAGAGCAAGUACUUUGGACUUGAUAAGAGCAAUGUUUUCAUUUUCGAGCAAGGUGUGCUUCCUUGCAUCUCCAACGAGGGCAAGAUUCUGCUCGAGGGCAAGGGCAAGGUUGCUGUUGCUCCCGAUGGAAACGGUGGAAUUUACCAGGGUCUGGUUACCUCUGGAGCUCGCGAGGACAUGCGCAAGCGUGGCAUCAAGCAUAUCCACAUCUUCGGUGUCGACAACUGCUUGGUCAAGGUGGCCGAUCCCAUUCUCAUCGGUUUCUCUGCCGAAAAGGACGUCGAUAUUGCCACCAAGGUGGUGCGCAAGCGUGAUGCUGCCGAGUCUGUUGGUCUGAUCGUGCAGAAGAAUGGCAAACCUGAUGUCGUCGAGUACUCCGAGAUUGACCAGGAGACCCGGGAAGCUCAGGACCCCAAGCAGCCUGAGCUGCUCAAGUUCCGUGCCGCCAACAUUGUCAACCACUACUACUCAUUCCGCUUCCUUGAAUCUAUCGAGAACUGGGUCCACAAGCUUCCCCACCACGUGGCCCGCAAGAAGAUUCCCUUUGUUAACCCCGAGGACGGUGAGGCUGUCAAGCCUACUAAGCCCAACGGUAUCAAGCUGGAGCAGUUCAUCUUUGAUGUCUUCCCCAUGACUCCAUUGGACAAGUUCGCUAGCAUCGAGGUUCGCCGCGAGGAUGAGUUCUCGCCCUUGAAGAACGCCCGUGGCACAGGUGAGGAUGACCCGGAUACCAGCCGGGCCGAUAUCAUGAAGCAGGGCCAGCGGUGGAUCGAAGCUGCCGGCGGUAUUGUCAUCACCGAGGGUGAGGCAUUUGGAGUGGAAGUCUCUCCUCUGAUCAGUUACGCUGGUGAGAAUCUGGAGUUCCUUUCUGGUCGGGAGAUCAAGGCCCCGGCGAUUCUUGAGCGGGAUGAGUAG